AGCUGCAACGAACAAGCGAGGGUGAACGAGCCAAGAAAGACGACGGGAAGGUAGCAUUCUUUGGGUACUAUCGAUACAGUCCACAACAGGAGGACUCGACAAUGUCAGAGAGGGGCGGUCGUGGAGGGCCCCGAGGUGGCGGCGGACGUGGGGGUCCAGGUGGACGCGGCGGCGGCUCAGGUAACCCAGGCCGAGGAGGCGGCGGUGGAGGCGGUCGAGGUGGUGGUCGAGGCGGAGGACCAGGAGGUGCGGCUGGCGAGAGGCCGAAAAAGGAAGCCAUUCUGGAUCUGGCUAAAUAUGUCGACAAGCGGGUCAGGGUUAAAUUCACCGGAGGGAGAGAAGUCAUUGGCACAUUGAAAGGUUACGACCAGCUGAUGAACCUCGUCAUGGAUGAGGUCGAAGAACUGUUGCGCGACCCAAGCACGGGCGAAUGGACCGACAAGACGCGGCCCCUGGGCCUGGCUGUACUCCGAGGCACGGCCCUGACUGUCAUCAAUCCUGCGGACGGCUUCGAGCAGAUCGCAAACCCAUUUGUAAACCCGGAGUGAGAGUCAAUGUUGCAAUGUAGAAAGUCGUCAUAAAUAUCUUUGCCCGCCCCUCAGCGUUACCGUCUUAUGGGCAAUAAAAAGUGACGGAAAGAGCGGGGAAGGGAAGUGUUCGUAACGAAGACCCUGAACGAGGUUCGAAG